UUGGGACUCGGGCGCACUGACUGGAGGGGUAAAGUUGGUGCCAGAGCUUUAAAUCAUAAGCCUGAAAUGAAAUGGAGGGGAAACCAGCAAAGAGUUGACCUGUCCAUCUUCUCUGCCUUAGGACUGACAUCUUAAAAUUGUUUCAGACAGGCUUUGAUUUUCAUUGUAUUGAACAGCUGACCUCAAAACCAGGUGUGGAACUGUAUAAUGCCCACAUGAUGGACAAAGAAUUAGAAGCUGAGAUCCAUCCUUUGAAGGCUGAUGAAAGAAAAUCUCAGGGGAAUGUGGAAAGUAGAACUGAAAAGGAUGGUUCCUUUAAGAAAACAUCUCAUCGUUCCCGGUUUGCCCAGUGCCGCACAGUCGUUUUUUUCUUUUCCUUAUUUAUCUGUCUCUUUGUGGUAUUCAUCAUCUCAUUCAUCAUCCCAUGUCCAGAUCAGUCUAUAUCCCAAAAAAUGUGGAAAAUAAAUUAUAAUGCAGCAGUAACCUAUGACUUCAUGACAUUUAAAGAUAUAAGUGAAGACACAAUUCAAGAUAUUGUAUUUCUUUAUAAAGACGGCAGCAGUGAUGGCAGCAGCAAUUCUAACAAAUCCUGCACAUAUCAAGGCUUUUCAGCCCCAUGUGCCUUUCUUGCUGCUCUGUCAGGCACCAAUGGCAGUCUGCUCUGGGAGAGACCUGUUGCUCAAGAUGUUGUCUACAUGGAGUGUGUUGAUCGUCCUAUGAUCGAAGGGCCACCCUCAGUCUGCUUCAUUAUAGGGAAGCAGCAUUCUUUCCUUGCAGUUGAUUCUUCUAUAGGGGAAAUAAUAUGGAAUCAGCCUUGGCCCUUUGGAGAUAAUGACUCAAUACUGACUCCGUUCCUGACUAUUCCUGAUGUGACUGGCAAUGAGAUUCAAGACCUGCUAAUCUUCACCAAGUCAGACAGACGGAUUAAAACUUACCUCUUUUCAAGCAAUACUGGUGACCAGGUUGGUUCCUUGAGUUACCUAAAUCUAGAAGGAGAAGUUGGUUAUCUCAUGCAUAUCACAUACACCGGAGCCUACUACAUUCUUUUUCAUUCUGCAUCUUAUAUCUAUGCAUACUCUCUGAAGGAUCUUUAUGAGGAAAUGACUGGAGGAAAAGAAAUAUUUGUGGAAGAUACUUAUUGGCAGAAAAUGAUUGACAAUGUUACCCACAGAAUACUUCCUUUCAGCUCGGGAACCAUCCGCUACCUGAUAAAUGUACCAGUGUUUAAGAAGAAAGACAUACUCCUUGUGAAAACGGAUAGAUGUGAGCUGUUCGAUGGGCAGAUGUUUUCUUUGCAGUGGACCCUCAAUGCAUCUGAAGUUGUGAGAAAACCAGUCCUUGGCUACUACAAACCAGGGGAACAUGCUAUAGUCCUUGAAGCUGGAACCGGUUUCCAAAGAAAGAUCUUGAUUGUGGACGCCCCCUCGGGAGACAUCCUUUGGAGCCUCACCCUAAACUCGUUCCCAGGGAUUCCCAAGAUAACUAGCGUAUCAACGGCGGAUCAGCGUUCUGCCUUUUUCUUCUGGGACAGCAGGAACCAGACGGAAACUGGUGACUACCAGAAAACCCUGUAUAUGUUCCACCCAAUUUUACCCUAUGUCCUUUUGGAACUUACCAAGACUACCAAAAACAUUGUGGCCUUUAAUGUGAUAUUUGAGCAGAAGCACCAUGCUUCUUACGUGCUGCUGACUGGGCCUACCGGAGCGGACCCGCCUGGCCAGGUGUCUCUAUCAAAGGAAAAGUUGAAAGAGAGCGUCCUAAAUGCUAAGGUGAUCUGGCUGGGGCAAAUGAGGCCUGAGAAUGACCAGGCCAUUAAGGACGUUUUUUAUGAUCUGAGAUACAAGAGGGAAACAUGAACUUCUCCUCAGCAGUGAGAACGGAAUCUGGUUUUUCCCCUCUUGUUUUUCUUCCUCCUCCCUCAGAAAUCAACUGAAAACUUUUCAGCUAUAAAACACAGCUAUAAAAAUCCAAGAAAACUCUGCUUUUCACAUGUUCUCCAAACUGACCUAUCAUGUGCAUAGGCCAGAAGUGUACUUGCCUUCUCUUGUGGAGACAGAAUUGGAGUCAUUUAUCCCAGGUCUUUCUCUGGGUGCCUUACUCUGAGCCUCAGAUUUUAGAUGGCAUUUUGUAAGGAACAAUUGGGAAUGGUAACUUAGGGAAAGUUUAACCCAUUACACCUUUAAUAGCAUUUAAUCCCACUUUCUUCAUUCCUUUGCCUUUGGUAAGGGAAGGGGGAUUUUUCCUUUUUGAUUCUCUCUAAGGCUUAAUAUCAGUUCUCCAAACGGGUUCUCUCCCAUCUUCUCAUUCACAGCCAUGGCCAAAAGAUAUGCCCUUAAUUCUCUAAAGACAGCCUUAUUAGGCCAUGCCCAGCCCUCCAAGCGAAAGAUGAGGCCAUCUACUUUACUGGGGCCAAUUUAUUUCAUUUCUGCUAAGAUUUCCUCCUUGACAGCAUAUAAAGUCUGGGGCUCCUGAGUUAGGCUGAGGGAGGUGGGAUGCUUUCCUGAUGAUUUUCCUAUCUCUUGUCAAGGAGCAUCUCCAUGUAGCCAAGCUAGAAGGAGCCCCUGAGUCCUGAGAAAGGAAAUAAGAUAACAUAUGGAAUGACAAGUACUGAUGCUUUGAGGAAAUUCUGAAGCAGAAGAUAAUCUGGGGCCCAGACCAUCCCUUCUCCAGCUUUCCCAAACUUGCUGUGGAAGUACCUCUGUUCAGAUAGCAGCAUCCCCUCGAUUAAGAUCCAGCCCCUGUGAAUAGAUGUCAGCAGAGACACCUUUCUCCUGCUUAUAGCCCCUUAGAUUGUAUUCACCUCCAGAGUGGCCCUGGACUCCAAGUCUAUUUUGGUGGCUGUUGCAUUAGCUCCUCUGCUCAAGAAUCUCAUCCCACCUCCAAACCCUAAUGCAGGGAGCUUUCUUUAGCUUGGUCCAGUGGCAAACUUCAGGAGACCUUUGGACUCAGUCCUGGGCAUUCUGAGAUGGUGGUGAGGAGACAGGGCUCUAGAAACUCCAAAGUUACAGUUUGCAGGGGACAGCACUGUUCCCAUCAGCUUGCUGAUGAGCAGGAGGUGAUAAGUCUCUGUGUGGCUAUGCACUGAGGUGAAGCCAGUUAUUCACAGGAUUCAGUGGUUUUAAAUCUAUACAUGUGGGAUACUUGUGCCAUAAAUUCCAAAUCAUCCCCAGCAGAGAAGACACACAUUCGGGAAAAUUCUUUACACCAGCAUCAAUGAGACACAAUGGCUUUCUUGGCUGUUUUAUUUCUUUAUGAAAUCAAAGUGAACUGUAUUAGUCAUCUGCUAAGUCAGAAACGUGAAGUCAACAAUGGCUACUUGCUUAGUCCCUCAGGGCCAGAGCAGCACUUCUACAUGGAGGCUUGAGAUGAUGGCCUCCUCCCCCAUACUCAGUGCCUUAGAGAAUGAAGGACUGACUUCGGUGCCUUGUUGAUUUUAAGCCCCUCUCAGGGCAGCUUAGGACCUGCCCUAGAUCACAGAGCUCGACCUUUAUAACUUAAUACAAAUUAUUUGAACACUGCA